AAAGAUUUCUCUCUGUGUUACUGGAAUCCCUAUUGGAUGCUGCCCUCUGAUGUUUGUGGAAUGAACUGCUUUUGGGAAGCGACUUUUAGGUAUAGUCCGAAAACGCAACCGGUGGAACGAAUGCACAUAGCUGUAGUUGCCUGUGGUGAAAGACUGGAAGAAACCGUAACCAUGCUGAAGUCUGCAAUACUUUUCAGCAUCAAACCGCUCCAAUUCCAUAUUUUUGCCGAAGAUCAGCUGCAUGCCAGCUUUAAAGGCAUACUUGAUCGCUGGUUAUUUCUACAAACAUUUAAUUAUACAUUAUACCCAGUAACCUUUCCAAGUGAGAAUGCAGCAGAGUGGAAAAAACUCUUUAAACCAUGUGCUUCCCAGAGAUUAUUCUUGCCAUUGAUCCUGAAAGAAGUUGACUCACUAUUGUAUGUGGACACAGAUAUUCUUUUUUUACGACCCGUUGAUGAUAUUUGGUCUUUACUAAAGAAAUUUAAUUCCACACAAAUUGCUGCAAUGGCACCAGAGCACGAGGAACCUCGGAUAGGAUGGUAUAAUCGCUUUGCCAGACAUCCAUACUAUGGGAAAACCGGAGUGAACUCUGGAGUUAUGUUAAUGAACAUGACUCGAAUGAGAAGGAAAUAUUUCAAGAAUGAUAUGACAACGGUCCGGCUACAAUGGGGAGAUAUCCUUAUGCCUUUGCUUAAAAAAUACAAACUGAACAUCACCUGGGGCGAUCAAGAUUUAUUGAAUAUCAUGUUUUUUCAUAAUCCAGAGAGCCUCUUUGUUUUCCCGUGCCAGUGGAAUUACCGCCCAGAUCACUGCAUAUACGGGAGCGAUUGCCGAGAAGCAGAAGAGGGAGGGGUCUUCAUCCUUCAUGGGAACAGAGGCGUUUACCACGAUGAUAAGCAGCCAGCAUUUAGAGCUGUGUAUGAAGCAAUGAGAAAUUGCUCUUUUGAAGAUGACAAGGUUCAUUCCUUACUGAAUCCUUUAGAACUGGAGCUGCAAAAAACAGUGCAUACAUACUGUGGAAAACUGUACAAAAUAAUUCUCAAACAACUGGCCAAAAGCAUACGAGACCUUUAUGAUCGACCACCCAAAGGAAUGUGACUAUUGGUGACUGCCGAGUCAACGGAAUUUCAAAGCAAGCAAAAUAUACUGUCAGAGAAUACGUGUGAAGAGGAUGUAGUCUUGGACAAAGUAUUCAGGAAAGAAUUAUCCAUUUUGAGAGUAACCCCCCCCCCCCCAAUGGGGUUAAAUGCAAUGAAGAAUAAGUUAAACUCUUGGACCCCAAUUAGAAGACAUUGUGAUCUCUGGUGUUUGUAGUGUUACUUGGUAUCAUUCCAGUAUUGCUGAAACUAUUAUUGCGUAGUUAACGUAUAGACAUCCGUCGACUAUUCUCAAGUGAGUCAGAGCUGUAGGGGUGUAUGGAUGGAGGACAUGCACCGCUUACACAGUGAAAACACUCAGCCUGCAAGGAUAGCAGUAAUUCCAUGUCAGCACUAACCUCACUUUAAAUGUGUGAGAACAGACUUGUUUACAGGAACAGAAAAAGUUCUGUUUCUAAGGAAAUGUGAUGUAACCAACGUAACCGUUGACAAUCUGUGUGUGCCUUGAUUCAUUUCAUCUCUGUUUUCAGGUGUUUGUGACAAUCGCGUUUGGACCAUUGUAGGUUAGAAGUUAGCUGCGUGUUUCGGACAGCUGUUGUGAAGAGGAUGAGUGAACAGUGAAACUUAGCGCGUUUUGUCACUGGGGUUUUGUGUGUACAUGUAUUUGUGAAACGUCAUGUUUUAUUUUCAUUUUGUGUGUGCUCAACUGUCUUACCCAAACAGAUCUAAGAUUGUUAGACGUCUUUGGUGAGAAUUUAUUAUUAUGUUCAUUUUAAGUUAAACAGUUCAGCUUUACUGGGCAUUCUGGAAGGAGAAAAAAUAUCAAGUUGAUCAUGAAACGAGACCCUUGAGAGUUCCAGCUAUGAUAGUGGAAAAUGUAAGGGGCCAAAAUGUGUAACCUGUACACGUCCUGUGAACAGUGAAUUUAGUUAGAAUGGAGCAGAAACAAGUAGUCCACUUAAACUUUUUCAUCUACCUCAACAUGGUGUUACAAGAUACUUUAGAAGAAACAAAUGUAUAGAGAGCCUUACUAUAAGAUAAACCACUUGGUGAAUAAUUUGAAUUAAUAAGAUGACGGCAACACCUGACUUUAAGAAAGGUAGUUUUCAUUGCGUGAAUGUGCAUAUCUUCCAUUUUUUGGAACAUCACUUUAAGACGGUUAAUUAUCUCAAGGUCUGAAGAACAAUAAUACCUCUCUUGGCAUUCUUGGCCUGCUGACUAAAAGAGCUGUAGAUUCUGGGUGCUCAGCAGGCACUGUGCUGGGGGCACAGAUCUAUUUGCCAAGUGCUAUAUGGUCGCCUUUGUUCUGUCUCCAAUACGUUAAGGUUUAAAUAGUGACGGGAAAACGUGAAGGAAAAACACCACGCAUGUGAAGACAGGAGUGAUGUGCUUUAUGAAGAACCACUGUCCUCCUAGAGACAACAAAACCGCAGAAAGAGGAGGAGGGGAGGAGGAAGAAUCUGACUGUCAAUCGGCCCUCAGCAGGGCUGCCCUCUGAGCACGCGCUCAGCCUGCCGCCGGCAGAAUGCCCUGCUGAGUGCAAGAACCUGUUAAUCGUGCUGUACAUCAGCCUCCUGAGUGAGAAGUGGGCUCCUUGAACUUGUACGUGUGGAAGGACGUACAGGGCAUCGUUUCUAGUGGUUCUCCGAUGACAUCUCUGCCUUGUUAGCUGUGUGACCCACAGGGAGCGUGGUAAGCACAGACUCCUGGGCUCAUCCUGUGGAGGCGCGGAUAGACUUUCUAGGAUAAGCUCUGCAGAUCUUUUUCUGAAUGAAAAGAUGUCAGCAUCACACAGAAGCAGAAUAGUGUAUGAUGUUACUUACCACCCGGGUGAAGCAAGUAUCUCUGUUUUUCCAUGUUGGCUUCAUGUAUUUCACCCUCCUUUCUCCCCUCUCUGCCCAAAGGGCUUUUCAGAAGCUUGCGAUGUCCUGUUUCUCCAGUCCUCUGACCACCACCUUUGAACGGUUUGUGGGUAACCACAAUGGCCUCUUGCUUGAUAAAAGUAGCAAUUGGUUUCUUGUAAUACCCAGUAAUGCUCACACAAAUUUCCCUGGUUUUUGAAAUAUGCUACUUUCUAGUUGGUCUGUUAGAAUUAGGUUCAGAAAGGAAGCCACAUAGUGGUCUGUGACUGUUUAACAAGCUCCUCGGAUGAUUUUGAUGUCAGCAAGUUUGGGAACCACCAGAAACUCUUCUGACCAUUUGAAGCAUAACGUUAGAAUACUCUUGGCAUAGUUGGUGGCUUCUAAAGUAGGGUUCUGAUAGGUUGGUGGGCUGAUGCAGAGUGUGCUCAGGGCACUGUCAACACUGGCCCAGCACAUGGGUUGUGGUUAUUUCCACCGUGACACCCACUGCCUGGUGGAUUGUUUGGAAGGCUCCUCCUCUGGCUUAUUCAGAACCGACCUGAUUGGACAUUGUAUCACAGAUUGAGUUAUGGUGAGAAUGCUGCUUCAGAGGACUAGUGUCACUUAGAUUAGAGACAUCAUAGAAAUUUCAUGACAAGACUAACAUGAAUUUUCUGAAUUUACUUUUAGACCAGGUAAUUUCCUUGAGCAUUCUCAAGAAAUACAGUUUUCAGUUAAUGAGGUUAAAUUAAUAGAUAGACAUCUUACAGAAUGUAUUACAUUGUUUUCCAGUAUGAGUGUUCUUUCUAUAGAACAUUGUGUAUCUAUGCAGUUUAUAUGAAUGACAUUAUAUAUUCUUUGAGUCUGUGUGUUUAGAGAAAUUCUGACCUCAGAACUAUCUCUGGGCGACAGUAUUACCAAAGUGGAAUGACUUCUUUUAUAAAAAAGUAGCCAAACUUGUAUGCAGUAGCCAUUUUAAAAGAAUUUGAAUUUAGGAAAUAGACAUUGUAAUUUACAUUUAGAGACAGUGCCCCCUGGGAAGAGUAGUACAGUAUGUACAAUGUAACCAAGUUCUCUAUGGACACUUUGUUAGAGACUAAACACUAUUUCUGCUUUUCUCAUUGCUCUGUGUUGCCUCCAGUUGGAUGUUGCUGGUUUAAGGCGAGGAGACUGUGAAUUAGAACUGUGUGGACUACUGGCAUAUCACAUCACCUCCUCUGUGCACUGGGUCUUUAAAUGCAAUCAGUAUGCCGUACCCACGGCCCCGAAGAUGAGCGAGAAGCAGCGGGUUUCAGAGUGUUCUGCACAGUGUACUCAUGCCCGGCAGUGUGACAAGUGAAGUUCUGUUUCACCCGAGAGAAGCAGCGGGUUUCAGAGUGUUCUGCACAGUGUGCUCGUGCCCCGGCAGUGUGACAAGUGAAGUUCUGUUUCACCCUAUUGGCUCCUACUUCCAAUCGUUCUGUUGACUUGGGUUGAAUGUUUUCUGACACAUUUUUUUUUUCUAGUAUGAAUUUGUUUAUAUUGGGGAAGGAGGAAUUUUUAGGGUGAGACAGAAGCAGAUAAUGAAAGGAUGAUCAAAAAAAGUAAAAAGAAGGAAAAGGAAGUGAGAAAGGGAGAGAGGAAAGAGUUGGAAUAAGAGUGGGAAUGGCAAAUGGCAGAGUACGGGAGAAGGUAGAAGGAGUGUGAGGAGAUGGAGAAAUAGAGGUGGAGAAGGAACUCAAACGAUUUCCCAGACGCGCCUGCUGGCACGACAGGUUUGGGAAUCCCCUCCCAGCCUUGCAUGGCAGCUUCAACAUAGAGAUCACAUUGACUCAUCCUCACUCACUAAGGAUGCUUUCAGCUGACCCAUAAUGAAUGGGUUCCAGAGAGCCGGGAAGAGCAGAAAUGCAGGAAAAGGAAACCACGGGAAGGGUGGUCUCCCACGUCCUUGUCAGAAGUUUGUAUUGUAAGCUAUUAAUACUUCAGUAGUCAUCAGAACUUCGAGUUGGUUUUUUUUGUUUAAGAAAAACUACUGGUAAGUUUUCUGAAAUAACUUUUUGAGUCCCUUAGAGUAAUUUGAGAAGAAAAGUAGGGGUGCAAUAUGACAAGUGUGGAGCCAGUCUAUUUAUUACAUGUAAUUUCAAGUGUCUUAAAACAGGAAUUGCCUUACUGCAUUUUAAUAUUUAAUAAAAUAUGUUAAAUCAUGAUUUGUACUAUAGCAGUUAUCCUUUUCUACAUUGCCAAAGCAACUUCUCUUUGUCUAUUAAAGUCUGGCUAAACCAUG